ACUUUAGUAUUUAACAGGCUGUUAUAGAGGCCGGUUCUUCAAACACGCACAGGUAAAGAGAAAAAAAAAUAAAAAAAGCAAUUCAUACAUAUAUUGAGUUGUUUUUUUAUUUCUCUUUUGACUUCGUGAUAAAAUUAAAUUAUUGAUUAAACAAUAGUCCUGGUAACCAUUAAACAAUGCCAAAUUAUAUUGAUAAAGAAGUUAAAUUUAUUAUUGGAAAAAAAAUGGACGCGUGUUUUGCUGCGUUUGAUAAGGAUGGUGAUGGUUUAUUGUCAAUUGAUGAAUUUGAAUAUAUUUGCCGGGCAUUAUUUCGUAAUGAUCGCGGUAAAAUUUACGGUGUUGAUGAAAAACAAUUAAGAGAAAUAUUUGAUAUAUUUGAUAUAAAUUCUGAUGGUUUUAUUGAUUCAAAAGAAUUUGAGAUGUGUUGGAAUCGUUGGAUUAAAAUUUGUACUCGACCAAGGAGUGCCAUAAUUGUUGUCGAUGUACAAAAUGAUUUUAUAAGUGGUUCAUUGAAUAUUAAAAAUUGUUCAGCACAACAUGAUGGUUUAGCAGUUAUUGAACCGAUAAAUAAUAUUCUUGAUACAGUACCAUUUGAUGCAUUUUUUCAUUCAUUGGAUUGGCAUCCUGUUGAUCAUGUGUCAUUUAUUGAUAAUUUGCACAUGAGAGAACUUGAUGAAUCAUCACCAAUAUCAAGAGACAAUGCAAAACUGUAUGAUACAGUUAUAUUCAAGGGUAAAUAUCAACUUGAACAACGUUUAUGGCCACGACAUUGUGUACAAGAUUCAUGGGGUGCUGAAUUACAUAAAGAUUUAAAAAUAGUUGAUAAAGCUAUUAAAAUAUAUAAAGGUACAAAUCCAGAAGUUGAUUCAUAUUCAGCAUUUUGGGAUAAUAAAAAAUUAGCUAAAACAACAUUAAAAUCACAAUUAGAUGAUAAAAAUAUAACUGAUGUUUAUAUUUGUGGUAUUGCAUAUGAUGUUUGUGUUGGUGCAACAGCUAUUGAUGCAUUAACAAGUGGAUUACGUACAAUAUUAAUUGAUGAUUGUUGUCGUGGUGUUGAUCUUGUUGAUAUUGAAAAAACAAAAGAACGUAUUGUUGGUUGUUCUGGUGUUAUUGUUAAUUCAUGCCAAGUUAAAGCUAUGGUUGAGGGUCGUGAUAGAAGACCAGAACUUGGCUAUAAACUUGCUAUGGAAAUUAAAAAAUCAUUAAACAAUAAUAAUAAAAAAAUCAUUGAUUAAAUGACAAACAAAAACAAAAAAAAAACCAUGUUCAAAAAAAUAUUAAAAAUAGUACAUGAGAAUUUAAACAUUGCUUCCAAUUAUAUUAUAAUUUUUUGUCGUUUUAUUAAUAAUUAUCUUCCAGAAUUAUAAUAAUCAAUGUAUCUCAAUGUUUUUAAUUUUUUCUAGAUAUUUUUUUUUUCGUUUAAAAUAAUAAUGAUGAUUAUUAUUAUAAUAACAAUAUUGUUAAUUUGCACAUUAUUCUCAUGCAAUUGUUGUAACAGCAAUUGAUUAGACUUGUUUAAUCAAUAAAUAAAAGUAAUUUAAAAAAAUAAUAAUAAU